AUGCCUUUUUGGUCGACACUGCAUUCAUCGUAAGUCUCUUCAUGGAAUAACGUUGGCUUAUCUACAAAACGCGUUACUUUUUAGGUUACAAUUUUUACUUGUGGCUGCGAGACCGACCUUUGCAAUGACCAUCAUCCGAUUACCCCGCCGCCGGUGCUUCUCGUGCUUUUGUCCAUGGUUCGUUAUUACCACUAUUUUUGAGGCACGUUUGAAUAAUAAAUGUCCUAUUAGAACUGUCAACGUCUGUUUUUUCUUCGGGAAUGUGAAAAGUCUUGAACUUACAGGGGAAGUACCCCAAGUGCGACGUUCAGAUUUUGAUGACACUUGACACAAAUUUUGGAUGAUUUUUUCCUUAGAAUAUAUGCGAAUAUCCGAGCUCGCGCUUUGGAGAAACCAUCGAGAUUUUUAGAUAAAAGUCGGCGAAAAUGUAAGACUUUUUAUCGAAUUUCGGCACUAAAAGUUUCAUACCUAAUAUUUCUACACCAAGCGUAAUGUUUCUACAAAAAAAUCAAAUCUUUCCGCACGAUACGAGCUACGUUAUGGCAAAAAGUGUUUUUCUCCGCGUUUAGCGUACUCUCUCGGCGGCAAAGAUCGCUCAAUCGCUCGGCGACGUUUGCAAAGCGCGAGCUAAGACUUUCAGGAAUUGAUAUUCAGUCUGUGCCCGACGUGUGUGCAAAGUUUAAAGAAAAUCUGAGCGUCGCACUUGGGGCACUUACCUUGUUAGAAUUUCCGGACCCAAUCAAACAUCCCAAUCUUCUCAAAAAUUUAGUGUAAAAUCGGCAUGAAAAUUGAAUUUUUGCUCGUUUGGGGGUCAUUUUUAUUCCGGGGUGAGGUUGUGUGGCCGCUCUCUCAGAGUUCUGAAAAUUCGAAAUUCCCAUGAUUCCAAAUUUCGAUUAUGCAAAUUUCAAAAAAAAAAGUUCAAAAUCUUGGGAAAUUUGGAUUUUUUAUACAGAUUUUGCACUAAAUGUAUGAGAGAUUGGGGUUGUCAAAUUAGUCCUUGAUUCAGUCGGUUGAUUCUCGUUGGGCUUGCAAGCUUUGCUUUGAUCAGAAUGCGCUUCAUCCUCUACUUGGCACUCGUCUUCUCUUUGGGUAAGUCGGGGGAACAAUCUUUCAUGAAACUUCCGUUCCUGGAGCUAAAUCAUCUCUCUAAAGCUUGAGUGAACUUUAUCGGCUGCAGCUCGCAAAAAGUCUUCAAUUUUUAUUUUGCUUAAACAAACUAGUGAUUUUACUCUCGUUGUAUCGCUAGUCACGCCCGAGAUGGUUCACUUGUUAGUCAAUCUGUAUCUUUCCAGCCGUUUCAAUCAGUUCCUUUAACGUGAAGUGCAAAGGUUGCUGGGGUACAGACACCAAGGUCGGGAGCACUCAUGAAGAGACCGUUUCCUUCGGACACCAAUCCGCUAUUAAUUCGCUUACCGCUCUACUUGCGUUCUUUAUGAUUGUUUAG